AUGAUAGAUGAAUUAAUAAAAUGGUUAUCAAAGCCAGAAAUAAAAAACAAUAAAAAAAUUAGAUCAAAGCAUAUACCUAAAAACAAUAAAGAAUGGUAUGAUUUAAUGGAAAUAGAUAACGAAAAAGAUAGCGAACCAAGUGAUUCAGAAUAUGAUACUGCUGAAAAAGAACCAGAUAUUCAUUUCGAAAAAAUCAAGGAUCUAUACAUUAAUAGAAUAGCAGAAGCCAGAAAAUUUAAUGAAGGUGAGGGUGAGCCAUUAGCUUUCUCCAAAUCAAUUAAAGAAAAAAUUGCAGAUAUUUAUAAAAAAGAAUUGGUUCUUAAGAGUGGAUUAAAGCAUGAAACUAUAGAAAUUAUUAGAGAAGAUCGAAUCAAUACAACUAUAGAAAAAGAAUAUAAUGAAAUUAUAGAUCAAAUAGAAGGCGAGGUAUUACAAGAAUCAGGAUAG